AUGUCCGAGGAGGUGUUCCAAUUGCAGGAAGCCUUACGGACGAACCAGCUGCAGAUCAAGAAUGCCUUGCAAAGAAGGCGGCACAGUAAGAAGCGCGAAGCUUCUGGUGGCUUGGGCCCUGCUGGACAGAAAGCAACCAUAGCUGUAUACCUGCUGAGCGACCAGAAUCUGGAACUCAGCGUGCGUAUGUUGCAGCACUGGGCUGCAGCUGCGUCGCCAAGCUCCAUGGACCCUGGUCGCAUCGUGGAGGACUUGGUCUUGCAAACACCAAUGGAAACAUUGAGGCAAACCUUUGCACCUGAGACGCAAGAGUGGCGACUGGCAGUGGCCCGGGCUAAGAAGUUUCUAGCUGAAGCUACCGCUCGUGACUGGGUAGCGCAACUGAAUGUUGGUCAUGGCGUGGCACCUUCGGCUACUGAAGUAUACUGGCAGUAUGAAUCGGUUCUGAAAGGCACUGACCCUGAAGCACGCCUGCCUGCCGCACGAAUGGUGCGCAAGUGGGUUUGUUGCUGGCGUGGCCGCUGGGGCGUUCGCCGCGGCGCCAUCCGACCAAAGUUGCACAUUGAAACGCCCUUGCUACAAGCAAAGGCUCUAGGGAUAGCUGUGAUGCGCGGCCAAGCCGCAUUGCCGCAGACAAACCUGAAAGUGCUAGCACAGCAAUCGGCGUGGAACUCUUCUCCUUGCAUGGUGCAGAUUCUGGAAGAAGUUGCAGCUGUCAUCAAAAGUGUGUGCAGCGCAGGGACCCAAGGGGUCUUGCUGUUAGAUUGUGCGCCAUGUCAUUUGACGCCAAGUGUCCUGAAGGCAGCUGCAGUGUCUGGCCUGCAACUCGCGUUCGUGCCAGCCAGUGCCACGCAUGUGGCUCAACCCUUGGACGUGGCAGCAUUCAGUGGCUUCAAGAAAUGGCUUCAAAAAGAGCAUCGCUCUCUGCGCAGCACUUCUCCUGAUGGCUUAAUUAAUCCAUUGGCUUGGGUGUGGCAUGUCAUGCAAGCCCCUCGUAGCUUCUUCGCAGCCAAGCCGUGGAAAGCAGCUUUUGCUGGAGUUGGAUCAGCUCCACAGCAAGAGAUGUCAAGUUUAAACGCAAGCAUCCGGCAGCUCAUGGGGAACCCAAGUAGCUUGCCCGAUGAUAGCAAGCCGAAGCCAGCUGAGCUGGCGUGUAUGUGGCCAAAGAAACGGUGCAUGAAACACAUGCAGAAACUCUUGUAA